UAUUUAUAACGGUCACAGCGACCCGAACGUGUCACUGUCACGUGAUGUUUGAAUGAGGCAUUUAUAAAUCCUACGCAUAUAUUUAAUGUUAACGAUUACACUCCUCAAGUGUAGAGCAAAAAUUAAAUUACAUUUAAAUAAAUACGCUUCAAUGGAGGAUUGGGAAUUUGAGCCAUAAAGCGCCCCCUGCAGGCAGAACUCCUCUGUGCCUCAUAGGAAACCGUUAUUUGCGCCAACGUUAUUUACGCACACGUCAGUUUUCGGUGUUGUUUGGCGUUUAAAUCGAUAGUGAAAAUGUCUAAUUCAGUAAUUUCAGUCAUUUCCAGGUUUUUGGAGGAGUACGCGUCCAGCACGCCGAAUAAACUGAAGGUGGUAGACGCGUACAUGAUGACAGGGGCGCUGCAGUUUCUUUAUUGUUUAUUAGUCGGGACGUUUCCGUUCAACAGCUUUCUAUCUGGUUUCAUAUCGUGCGUUGGGUCGUUUAUUCUCGCAGUGUGUCUGAGAAUCCAGAUUAAUCCUCAGAAUAAAGGCGAGUUCUUGUCCAUCUCUCCAGAGAGAGCCUUUGCUGACUUCCUGUUCGCCCACACUGUUCUUCAUUUGGUUGUUAUUAAUUUCAUUGGUUAAGUGUCCACGUGUGCUUAUAAAAAGAUUGAUUGAGGAAUGACCAAACCUGGAAUGCAUAUGCAUCUUAGAGGAAGCAGAGAAGAAAAUUCAUGUAUUUUCUCCCAUCCGCUGACAUGCAGCUCCUGCAAACCUUAUCAAAUUUUCCAACACUGCAUGUGACAAAUCCUGAAACUGGACAUGACUAAAUAAAUAAUAUCUUGGGCCCUGUUCCCUCCCAAUAAUCAGUGAUGAUUGAAGAGUAUUCAGUCCGUCUGAUAUAUUUUCAUUCAAACAAACAUGUUUGUACAUGUUUCAUUAUAAGUAUUAUACAGAUAUAUAUUUUUUGUUUUAUUAAAAAAUAAAUAAUAAUAAACCA